AUAUGGAGCAUAAAUUUGAAUCUGGUAGGCAAUUGCUCUCUGCAAAACCCUAACCCUAAACCCGCUUCCCCUUUCACCGAGGAGAGCAGAUGGGGAGGUCCAGAAGGAAAUACAAGAGAUCAAGGCCUAAGGUGCGCAUCGGAUUGCCGAAGAAGCACCCAAAUGUGUUCAAGCCGGCGUUCAAUUUGCCGCCGAAGCUCCGGUCUCUCAUAGAUCCCCACUCCAAGUGGGACGAAAAGCGCAGCGUCAUCGAGAACUACAAGUCCUUGGGCUUCGUUUCGAAUCCCAACUUGCUUGGCGUCUGCUCUCGCACCCCCCACACCCUCGAAAGCGACUCUCUUCAGAUCCCGCCGCCAGUUUCCUCCGCCGCCCCUGGCCCCGACGCCGAGUUUGAGCCUCUUGAUUCUGGCAGCGAUCUAGAGGAAGACGACCUUAAGUCUGCACUUGGAAAGAAACGGAGGGAUGGAAAGAGUGCACCUCCACAACCACUAACGACUAUGCAACGGGUUUGUAUUCGAAGACUUGUGGAUGCAUACGGGGAUGACUACCAGAAAAUGUUCAUGGACACAAAACUGAACAAGAUGCAGCAUUCGGUAGCAACCUUGGAGAAACUAUGCAAAAGAUAUCGUUUGUACCCAGAUAAGAACCCCUUGAUUUUGGGUAGUUAGAGAGCACACAAACAUGUAUGAUUCAAACCAUUUGUGGUCAGCUUAAAGGAAGCCAUUUUACCCAUCUAUGUCUACAUGUUCAAUGUAAAAAAAAUGGGUUCAGAGCCAAAAAAGGUGCAGAAGAAAUUGGGACGGAGGUGCAGACAUGGUGUGUGUGUGGGGUGUGAGAAAACCAGGAAUAAAUAAAAACAAUAAAAGUAGUAUCCUUCCAUCCCAAAUUAAGUUUUAGUUAUUUUGAUAGAAAAAUGAAUUUUACUAUUACAAUUUAGUAGACGCUUCUCUGUGUUUAUGAGUUAGUCAAAGACUAAUACAAUUAUUGUAUGAGUACAAUGAUUGUCUCUGUAAAUUUGGUGUGAAAAUCAUGGUGUUAAACUUGGGGUGUUUUAGCUUUUUUGUGUGCCUU